AAGACAGACAAAGGCUGGAGACUCAUUCAUCCAGGAAUUUUAGGCAGUGUUGCUCUGUUUCAUAGUGGUGGAUUUGCAGUGAGAUGGAGGAUCAAUUGAUGAAGUUAGAGGAUUUCUUCGACGGGAAAGGGGUGUUCAUCACCGGAGGCACGGGAUUCCUGGGCACGGGCUUGCUAGAAGCACUGCUGGGCGUGAGUCCAAAUAUCGGGAAAAUCUAUGUGCUGGUGCGUGAAAAACGCGGAAUGACUCCGGCUGAGCGCUUCAAGAAGAUCUUUUCCAAGGAGAAUUUUCGACACCAUUCCGAGGAGACGCUCAAGAAAGUCAUUCCCAUCGCUGGUGAUCUCAUCAGUGAGGAUUUCGGCUUGGCACCGGAAAUCCUUCAGGAGAUCAUAGAGAAUGUGAAUAUAAUAUAUCACAGUGCUGGAUUGAUCAAGUUCAAUCGUCCGCUGAAGAUGGCCAUCGAGUUGAACGUGCUGAGCACUCUGCGGAAUAUCCAUCUGGCCAAGAAGCUCAAGAAGCUGUCCGCCUUCGUCUAUGUGUCCACAGCACUGGCCAAUAUCAACGUGAGGGGCCAGAUCGAGGAGAAAGUCUACUGGCCAGGCCGUGAUCCUCACGAGUUGAUCAAGCUGGCCACCGCCAAUUUGCUUCCGAUCAGUGAAAGUGAUCCCGAAUUUAUGGAGAUUGUGGGCAGACACGAGAAUUCCUACACCUUCUCGAAGCAAGUGGCUGAGAAUCUGAUACAGAAUGAAAUGGCAUCUCUUCCAGUUGGAAUUAUUCGUCCAUCGGCAGUUUACGGAUCCUACACACAUCCGCUGGAGGGCUGGUGUGGCUCAGCAUCCAGUGGGCAUCUGGGCUACGUGGUGGCACACAUGAAGGGUGCCACAAGAUGUCUGUACGGUGACAGAUCCACCGUUUUGUUUGCCAUUCCGUGCGACUUCUUCGUCAAUGGCACUCUCGUGCUCACGUGCUACGUUGGAACACGGCCUAUUGAGCAACCCGAAGUCAUCCACAUGACAUCCAAUCACAAGGUCAACAAACUCACGCUCGGUGAUCUCAAUGACAUCAUGAACUGCGAAGUGACGAAGAAUCCCUGCAACUCCUACCUUUGGCGUCCGCACAGCAAGGUGCGCAAGGGCUGGCGCUACGAGCUCUUCAACUUCGCCUACAUCCUCCUCGCGCUGCUCAUCUACGUGCCCGAGAAGAUCUUUCGCUUUGGCCCGCGCUGGAUGAGCGGUUUCAAAAUUGUCCUCAUUUCCUACAAAGGGGCCAAAUAUUUUGCAAAUAUCGCCAAUAAAAUAGAGCGUAUUUCCAUCGACAAUGGCCAGCGCAUUAUGAGACUCGCCAACCCGGAAGAUAAGCAGCGCUACGCAGCCGACGUGACCCAAGUCAACUGGCCACAACUGUUCGCCAGAAGUAUCAAAUGGGCGAAAACGUACUACUACAGGGAGACUAAGAAGAGUUCCCUGAGGCACCAUGUGAUUUACUACACAUGCAUCAGCAUUGAGAUUUUCUUAUUUGCGCUUGUAGGUUAUAUUCUGUACAUUAUUUUCUCCGCAAUCACGAGUUGCCCAGAAAUCUCAAGUGUUCUAAGUGCCAUUUGCGUGCUUUUCAUCCACUGGCUUUAGCGUCAAAGUGGUAAAUAUAGUGUAAUUACGCAUUUUGAAGCAAACUAUUCAACAUUUUACGAUAGAAAUAAAAAGCUU